AUGGCCCAGAUUAAAGUAACAGGGGAGGCUGAGAGGAGCCACCAGGACUGUGUGGAGGUCUACUCUGAUGCAGCGACUGUUACCUCCACUGCAGCAGAUAUUGGAGAUUCACUGAACAAGGGGUCAGCGUAUGCGACCUCCACGGCGGCAGGUGUCAGCCGACGGAGGAGAGCCUUUCAGUCGCCAACGAGGAGACGCCUCCGCACCACUUUCAGCCACAAGCAGUUAGAACAGCUGGAGAUAGCCUUUGGACAGAACCAGUAUCCUGACAUCUACUUCAGAGAGGAGCUGGCCCGAAUCACCAAGCUCAAUGAGGCUCGCGUACAGGUGUGGUUUCAGAACAGAAGAGCCAAGCAGCGUAAGCGUGAGCGUGCGUCCCAAAAAGGGCUACCUCUAGAUGUCAUGUCAGGGCACAGGGCACUGCUGGGUAGCAUGCACGUCCCACCAUCCAUGGCUCGACGCUAUUAUGCCCAGCCCCUUGCCACAGUUCUCCCUCCUGCCAUGUUCCCCCACCACCCACCACUGGGCACAGUCAGCCAGUAUCCAUGCCCCUCCAUGCCACCGCAGGCAACUCCUCAACACCAGCAUGAGGAAUGGUACAGCCCGCUGAGGAGCAAUCUGACCUCAACCGUGUUAUCCCUGACGUCCAUGCAGCCCCUGGACACCCCCUCUCACUGGAGCUGAGCAUCCACCAGGAAGCAGAUUGGGCUGUAGUGAGGCUGCCAAGUAUUACCUAAAGCCACAAGCUUA